CGUCUUCGUUACAACCACUAAUACGUCUACAGCAAUAGGUUAUCAUGACUGGUCGCGGCAAAGGAGGAAAAGGUCUUGGAAAAGGAGGUGCCAAACGUCAUCGCAAAGUGUUGCGUGAUAACAUCCAGGGAAUCACCAAGCCCGCAAUCCGUCGUUUGGCUCGUCGGGGAGGAGUGAAGCGUAUUUCUGGAUUGAUCUACGAAGAAACCCGCGGAGUGUUAAAAGUUUUUUUGGAAAAUGUAAUCCGUGAUGCGGUCACUUAUACUGAACACGCAAAGAGGAAGACCGUGACCGCCAUGGACGUCGUCUACGCACUGAAACGCCAAGGUCGUACAUUACCCGUUCGUCUAAUCGUACACAAAACGAAUUCAACAAUGGCCCGUACCAAGCAGACAGCCCGCAAAUCUACCGGAGGUAAGGCUCCCAGGAAGCAGUUGGCCACCAAAGGCCGUAAGAGCGCACCCGCCACCGGAGGAGUGAAGAAAACCCAUCGUUACCGUCCGGGAACAGUCGCUCUCCGUGAAAUCCGUCGUUACCAGAAGAGCACGGAGCUGUUGAUCCGCAAAUUGCCGUUCCAACGUCUGGUGCGUGAAAUCGCCCAGGACUUCAAGACCGACUCGUUCCAGAGCUCCGCCGUCAUGGCGUUGCAGGAAGCCAGCGAGGCCUAUUUGGUCGGUCUUUUCGAAGACACCAACUUCUAGAAACUACAUAAAAUCAAUAUGACCGGACGCGGUAAAGGAGGAAAAGGUCUUGGAAAAGGAGGAGCCAAACGUCAUCGUAAAGUGCUCCGCGAUAACAUCCAGGGAAUCACCAAGCCCGCCAUCCGUCGGUUAGCUCGUCGUGGUGGAGUAAAACGUAUCUCCGGUUUGAUCUACGAGGAAACCCGUGGUGUGUUGAAAGUGUUCCUGGAAAACGUAAUCCGUGAUGCAGUCACCUACACCGAGCACGCCAAGAGGAAGACCGUUACAGCCAUGGACGUCGUCUAUGCUCUGAAACGUCAAGGUCGUACUCUGUACGGUUUCGGCGGUUAAUCACAUCCAUAACACACAAAUAUAUACAAAUCUGA